AUAACUAGAAAACGGAUGUUCCCGUCUCUCAUCUCAGCCAUUGGAUUCUUUUCCAACGGUCCCUUCUCCACCUCAGCAAAUCUCUCUGUCUUGCUUCUACACGCUUUAAAAUUGGAGAGAAACAAAUCACCCCAACUGCACUACCUUCCUCCCUCCCUCCUCCUGCAUUCAAAGACCAUUUUACCCUUCCCCAUGGGAAGAAAUUGCAAUCUCGAACUUCGCCUUCUCCCUGCCGGCACCGGCGCCCAACUCUCGUCGUCGCCCUCUUCCGCCGCUUCACGGAGCCAAGAAGAAUCCAUAAGAAACUCUCAUUUGACAAUUUUUUACAAUGGACGUGUUUCCGUGUGUGAUGUGACGGAACUUCAGGCUCAGGCAAUCUUAUGCCUCGCAAGGCGAGAAACGGAUCAACGGCUAGCCGGGAACGGUUCGGAGCCAUGUCAUGAGCAACCUCAACCCACUGCACCAGCUCUCUCCAUGAAGAAAUCUCUUCAGCGGUUCCUUCAGAAGAGGAAGAGCAGGAUCCGAGAGACGUCACCUUAUGGUCAAUAAUCACCGAAAGAUGCAAACCACAUGUUUUGUGCCGCAAAUUAUUUAGCUAAUCAAGGUGUCUGAUUGAAUGGAAAGAAGACAAGACUGUAUCUUUUGCAGCAUCAUUGUUGUAUUCUUUGGCUCUUUAGUUACAAGUAUUACAAUGUGUUAGGGACCCCUAAUCCUAGAUUUGGAAAUUUUAUUGAUUAUUCAGUA